GUUCCAUUCCAUACUUCUUGUGUUACCAUUUUUUUUCGUUUUUUUGUGUGUGUAUAUUUUACCUGUGAUUUUGUUGUGCAAUGGGUAUGGGUUUGAAACUUGGAGAGGAAGAUGGUGGUGUUAUCAUUUCAGAUGAAAAUCCAAAGUUGAAAGCUUCAGGCAUUAAUGCCAAAGAUAUGAUUUUCAGAGCUGAUAAAAUUGAUUUAAAAACCCUAGACAUGCAGCUUGAGAAGCAUCUCAACUCGGUUUGGACCAAAAACGUCGACGAACAUAAGCCUGCCGACGAAUGGGAAAUUGAUUUAGCUAAGUUGGAGUUGCGAUACGUCGUUGCUCGUGGCACCUACGGCACCGUCUACCGUGCGACGUACGAUAACAACGAUGUUGCAGUCAAGGUGUUGGACUGGAGCGGCGGCGGCGCAUCCGAAACCGCGGCGAUGCGAGCGUCGUUUAAGCAAGAGGUCGCAGUUUGGCAUAAGCUUAACCAUCAUAAUGUUACGAAGUUUGUUGGAGCCUCAAUGGGAACUUCAAACCUUAAGAUUCCUUUGAAAUAUCCGUCGGCCGACGGUCGCAAUUCCCUUCCUUCUAGAGCAUGUUGUGUCGUCGUCGAGUAUCUCCCGGGUGGGACUUUGAAGCAGUACUUGAUAAGGAAUAGGCGGAAGAAACUCGCGUUGAAGGUCGUCGUCCAACUUGCUUUGGACCUCUCUAGAGGUCUCAGCUACCUCCACUCGAAAAAGAUCGUACACCGCGAUGUCAAGACGGAAAACCUGUUACUCGAUGCUCACAAAAACGUCAAGAUUGCCGAUUUUGGAGUUGCUCGUGUCGAAGCUUGGAAUCCAUGUGAGAUGACUGGUGAAACCGGAACUCUUGGAUACAUGGCCCCUGAGGUUCUUAAUGGAAAGCCCUACAACCGGAAGUGCGAUGUCUACAGCUUCGGCAUUUGCUUGUGGGAAAUUUAUUGCUGCGACAUGCCUUAUCCGGAUCUCAGCUUCAUCGAGAUAUCAUCCGCAGUUGUUCGAGAGAACUUACGACCGGAGAUCCCACGGUGCUGCCCGAGUUCAUUAGCGAACAUCAUGCGAAAAUGCUGGGACGCAAACCCAAAGAACCGUCCCGAGAUGGAGGAGGUAGUGACGAUGCUGGAAGCAGUUAAUACAAGCAAAGGGGGAGGGAUGAUACCGGAAGACCGUUCACCGGGUUGCUUCUGUCUUGCUGUUCGUGGUCCAUAACCAUAAAACAAUAUAUCAUUUUCUUUAACGUUUUUGUAUAAUUUUUUUCAUUUUUUUAAUUUGAAAAACU